AUGAACAGAACGACCAAGCCCAAACUUAAUAAGAAAGACAAAGGCUCGGGGGAGGAAACUUUGGACGACCGGACCAAACUAGCAAGCCUGGAAGUGGCUAAGGCUAACACAACCCCCAUGUGCACUCCAGGUCCAUCGGCCACCAAUGAGGACGUUCUGUCAGCUAUAAGUAAGCUUAGCAGCACGUUAAAGAAGAAAUUCCAGACAACUGAGGCUCCGCUACCCGAUAACAUAACUUUCAAAGAUCGUACUGAGCUCCCUACGCCUCCCAGUGUCUGCUCGUUUCAUUCUGUGUUACCAGAGGAUGUUUCUGAGUCAGAAUUUUUGAAGAAGUCUAUUACCUGGCCUGAAACACCAUCUCUACCAUCUAACUUUUCUCUGAAUGACACAAGUGAUCCUGCUCACAGCACCUUCACCAUUAUUCCAAAAAGUGGUGGUGGAAGUUGGCACGUAGGCGAUCAACUGAAGGUUUUGAUAAAAAUUGCUGACUACAAUAGUCGCCCAAAGAAGUCAGGGGGAGAUGUUCUUCUUGCUCGGCUACACAACCCUACUCUUCAUGCAGGCGUGGCAGGGCAGUUGGUGGAUCAUCUAAACGGUUCCUACACCGCUGUAUUCUCUUUACUCUGGGAAGGAAGUGCUCAAGUGGAGGUGACCCUGGUCCACUCCAGUGAAGCAGUUACAGUGAUGGAAAGAGUCAACCUGCAAAAGCCUGGCAGACUUUAUUUUCAAAGCCUCUUUCGCUCAGGCUCAGUAACUGAAGCUACCAAUUGUAAUGUGUGCCUUCAGGCACCUCCAGAGCAGCUAUGCAACUUCACUGAUAUCCACACAAGUGAGCCCUGGUUUUGCUACAGGCCAAAGAACCUCAAAUGCGAACACAGGAUCACCCACGCUUUUAAAGGUUUUGUGCCAACACCAACAAAAACAGAUGCUAAGCUCUUUCAGAGUGGUGUGAACAUGAAGGUCUUUAUUAAGUCAUCAGGACCUUCCGAAAUCAACAUUCUACCAAAGCUAAAAGAUCUCAAUGAAACAGACCAUGUUAACACAUCAGGGGAAGGUAUGAUGGCCAAACCUGCUGGUUAUUACUACAAUGGUGAAUGGCAGGCACUAGAUGGCACCACAGUUCAUCGCUUUAACAAUGCCAGUGCAAUGAGCCAGUGUUUAAAAGGGAAGGUGGUCCACAUGUAUGGAGACUCCACCAUCAGGCAGUGGUUUGAAUAUUUAAUUGCUAAAGUACCAGAUCUUAAGAAGUUUGACCUAAAAACCCCCCCACAAACAGGACCUUUGAUGGCCUUGGAUUAUAAAAACAACAUCUUAGUGACAUGCCGCUCCCAUGGUCCUCCCCUUCGUGCUCUAAUAUUGCCCGUCAGUCAGUUUCAUUUAGUUGCCAAUGAACUGGACACUGUGGUUGGAGGCACCAACACUGUUGUGGUUAUUGGCGUCUGGGCUCACUUCGGCGUUUACCCUGUUGAAGUCUACAUCCGACGGCUGCUUAGCAUAAGGAGGGCAGUGUUGCGGCUGCUGACCAGAGCUCCAGAUACGCUGGUUAUUAUCAGGACUGGUAAUCCAAAAAGGCAGUCACUCCAUGAUUCACUGACUACCAACGAUUACUUCGCGAUGCAACGUGAUAAGAUUCUCAGGGCAAUAUUCAGAGAAGUGAAUGUCCGACUGCUGGAUGCCUGGGAGAUGACACAGGCCCACUACCUUCCACAUGACCUCCAUCCACCAUCACCUGUGAUUAAGAAUAUGAUUGAUGUUGUUCUGUCCCACAUAUGCUUUCCUCAACCAAAGAAUUUUAAAAAAGCAUAA